CUCUCUCUCUCUCUCUCUCUCACGCGCUUCCACUUUUCUCCAGAAACUCGCAGCGAAAUAAAUUUCUCGAGAAAAUCCAAAGAACAAAAAAAAAUGGCGGAUCAGCUUACCGAUGACCAGAUCUCAGAGUUCAAGGAAGCUUUCAGCCUAUUCGACAAGGACGGAGAUGGUUGUAUCACAACCAAGGAACUUGGGACCGUGAUGAGAUCACUUGGGCAGAAUCCAACAGAAGCUGAGCUCCAGGACAUGAUCAACGAAGUGGAUGCAGAUGGUAACGGGACGAUAGAUUUCCCUGAGUUCUUGAACCUUAUGGCACGCAAGAUGAAAGACACUGAUUCAGAGGAGGAGCUUAAGGAAGCCUUCAGGGUUUUUGACAAGGACCAGAACGGUUUCAUCUCCGCGGCUGAACUCCGCCAUGUCAUGACAAAUCUUGGGGAGAAGCUGACGGAUGAGGAAGUCGAUGAGAUGAUCCGAGAGGCUGAUGUCGAUGGUGAUGGUCAGAUUAACUACGAAGAGUUCGUCAAAGUCAUGAUGGCAAAGUGAGAUCCUUCUUUAUCCCUCACAAAUCCCCAACUCUGUUUUUUUUUUCUUUUUUUUUCUCGUCUUCACAUCUUUAAACUGAGAAAAGCAAUUUAUUGAACAAAUGAAACAGAGAGAUAAGAUUUGCUUCCUUGUUCGUUUUGUUGGUCGUCAUUUUUUAUUUUUAGUAACGUUUCUUCUUCUUUACUUGAUUGCUUUCUUACUCGUCUUUGGUUUUGUUAUGUCCGUGAAGUUUGAACUCAUAAUCUGCUUUAUUAGUUCUCUUCACCAUUGGAUA